AUGCAUCAUCAAUCUUGCUUUGAAGAGCUGCCAGUUCUACCACUGGCUGAAUCCUUUGGACUCACUGCAGCCUACAACGCUGACUCGUUUCCUGACAAAGUCAAUCUCGGUCAAGGAGUCUAUCGUGACGAGAACUGCCAGCCAUGGGUUCUACCAAGUGUUCGAUCCGUGAGUCAUAACAUGCAAAUCGGUCCGUAUACAUUGAGCCUUACUAACAUCAAGCCCAAGGCUGAGGAGAGUCUCCAUAACCAAAAUCUCAACCAUGAAUACCUCCCUAUCACCGGUCACGCCGCUUUCAAUCAGAAAGCGCGAGAGCUUCUAUUCGGUGACGAGCUGGCAAAUCAUCAGAAUAUCCGCACUCUACAGACAAUAGCAGGAACGGGCGCAAAUCAUCUUGCCGCUUUGUUCUGUGCGCGCUACAUCCGCCCAAAGAACGUUUUCAUCUCCGACCCAACCUGGGAUAACCACUAUUCAAUCUGGGAGACUGCCGGUCCAGCUAUUAAUCAAAGGCUCUACCCGUAUUAUGACGCGGAGUCACGGACUUUCAACUUUGAGGGGAUGAUAGCUGAGCUCGAAAACUCAGCAGAAGAAAACGAUGUUGUGGUCCUGCAUCCUUGUGCUCAUAAUCCAACAGGACAUGAUCCGACACAUGAGCAAUGGAAAAGAAUUGUCGAUGUCGUGGGACGCAAGCGUCUCUUUGUCGUUUUUGACAGCGCCUAUCAAGGUUUUGCCUCAGGUGAUCCUGAUGCAGAUGCAUGGGCAAUCCGAUACUUCUACUCAACUUUUUUCAGUCAUUCAUCUGCGUCAAUGUCAGGUCCACCAUCCGGUAUGCUCGUCUGUCAGUCUUUUUCUAAGAAUUUUGGAUUAUAUGGUGAGCGUAUUGGGGCGCUGCAUCUUAUCACGCAUCCAUCUGUUUCCGCUGAGGGCGCGUACACGCACUUGAUUAAGUUGGCUCGCUCUGAGAUCUCUUGUCCUGCUUUAUCCGGCGCUCGAGUUGUGACUACCAUUUUGUCUGACUCUGGGCUACGUGCACAGUGGGAGAAAGAUGUGAAGACAAUGGCGUUGCGGAUCCAAGGGGUCCGAGUUGCCUUGAGAUCGGAAUUGGAGAAGAACAACACGAAAGGAGAUUGGUCGCAUAUCACGCGACAGAUCGGCAUGUUUAGCUACACUGGGCUAUCAAAAACACAAGUUCACCGAUUGAAAAAGGUGCAUCAUGUCUAUAUGCUUGAGAAUGGGCGCAUGAGCAUGAGUGGACUGAAUGGCAAGAAUGUCGGGUAUGUGGCUCGUGCAAUCAAGGAUGUGGUUGAGCAGACACAAUGA